ACAGCGUGCUGAGGUCACAGUAUGGGGGCGGGGUUACCGCAGGAAGUUCAUUGUACUCAAAGGAGUGAAAGGCGGCAUAAAUGCUGUUACGGAUGUAAACAAAUAUCCUCGGACGGACUAACUUAGCUGUAAAUUAGCUUCUGACGCUAGUAAAUCACUAUACGAAGCUCAGUGUUUUACCCGCAGCGCCUGGCCUCAGACCGGUCCUUUCCGUUUCUUUAGCAGCUGUGUGGAAGCGUCGUUGUUGCCCAGUUCAGUUGGGUGGCGGUAAAGGCGGUGUAACGUUCAGGAUUCCACAAGCUGUUUUGUUGAGGAGCCUUUAGGUUAACACCUCUAGGGAAGACAUUACCUACAAGAAGCACACACACACACACACAAAAAAAACCUGAUCCAGAUGGAGGCUUCUUUUGAAUCAGCGAGGAACACUAACUUUAGUUCUGUCCUGUCGUCAUGCGAGCCAGAGCUCCAGGAACUGAUGAGACAGAUCGACAUCAUGAUCAGCCACCAGAGGAGCCAGUGGAAGGCUGAGAAGCAUGCCCUGGAGGUCAGGGUGAAGAAUGGAGAGGAGGGCCUUCUAACCUCCAAAAACAUCAUUGAGCGGAGGGACCUGGAGAUUGGAGUACUUCAAAAACAGCUGGAAGAAAUCCUGAAAAGUCGCCAAGAGGUAGUUGCAAAGUACGAGCAACAGCUGCAGAAACUCAGAGAAGAGCUGGACCAUUUAAAGGGAAGUUACCAAAAACUCCAGCGCAAACAGCUCAAACAGACAAGCGGAGGAGCAAAAGAGUCAGACCAGUUGAAGGAGUACCAGCGGCUCUCUGCGGAGUGGGAGCAGCAGCGGGCGCAGUACCAGAAGCAGCUCACCACCCUGGAGGCUCAGAAUAAGAGUCUGACUGAGGAGAUCGCACACAUUAAGAGCACACCGUGGCGGGUGGAGCAGGAGCACAUGGAGUGCUGCUCGGAGGUGCAGCAUCUCAGCGCUCUGCUGGAGAAGGCCCGCAGCAGCCUGCUGUCCCAGGAGCUGGAGCUGGAGCGCCUGCGGCCCUGUGAGGCCCUGCUGGGGCAGCCACAGCAGCUGCGGUCAGACGAACCGGACGCCUCCAGGGGAGCUGACCUGGAUCAGCAACGACUCCGAAAUGAAGCCGUCAGACUCAGACAGUUGCUCCACGCUAAAGACCAAGUCAUCCGCUCUCUGGAGGACUGCCUGACUGCUCAGGGUUGUACCGGCGUGGAGGUCAUCAGGAAGGACCUGGAGAAGAUGGCCGACAAGCUGCAGGGCGCUCAGGCCGGCGAGGCGAACCUCAGGGCGGAGGUGACAUGUCUGAAACAGAGAAUGGAGAGCAUGAGCCGACAGCUAAAGGAUCAAACAAAGAUGGAGAAAGAGCUGAGGAACGUAGCAGCAGACUUUGACAACUCGGUCGCUGAAAGCAAAAAGCUCCGGGAGGAGCUGGAGACGGCGCGGCAGACCCACAGCGCCGAGGUGGAGGGCAUGAGGAGGGAGGUGUCGAAGCUGACCGGCGAGCUGCACCAGCGCGACGUGUCCAUCUCGGCGCUCAGCGGCUCCUCGGCCAGCAUCCAGCAGCAGCUUCGCAGCGAGGUGCAGCGGGCGGCGGAGGCAGCCAUGCAGCUCAAGAUGACUCAGGCGCAGCUGGAGUCUCUGCAGGCCGAGAACGAGCAUCUGAGAGGUCUGCUGCAGACGCUCCAGUCCCUCUCCCCCAAGGGGGAUGAAUCCUCUGCUGCGUUACUGCAGCAGCGCUACUUGACCUCCAUAAGCAGCCUGGAAGAGGAGAACCGGCAGCUGAGGCUGGCGCUCACUAACCACCACGUGCAGCUGAACGCUCAGGAUGAAACGGGUCCGGAGAGGAACCAACACGUGGCGCUCAGCCACACUAUGAUGACAGCACAGGUGCAUCCUGGUCCGGAACGGACUCAGCCAGCUAGCUAUGACAGAAAGAUCCAGAGGCUCUUUAAAGAGCUUCAGGCCUUUCCCAAGUCUUCCAACGAGCCGCCUGGCAGAGAGCGCAAAGACAGCCAGCUGCACUCCUCUUCGUCUUCCUCCUCUUCCACCAGCAGCUCUGAACUGAGCAGAGGAAACUCGGCCACAGCCCUCACUCCACACAGACUUGCUGCUGAGGGCCAAAACUCUGGCCCUGAAAACUGUCUGACCUCCAGGUCCAGAGGUCCAGAGGAGGCGCUGUCCCCUACAUGCAGCGCAGUGUCUCGUUUCCUGGAGGAGGAGAGCCAGUGGUCCAACGAGCUGCGAGUGAAACUGGACGGCCACAUCCGCGGCAUGAAGGAGAACAACUUCAGGACGGUGUCCAGGUUCCUGGCGAGCGGCUCGGGAGCGCGCUCCGGCUCAGCGCAGUGACCCCGCCCUGCUGCCUUAACAUACCUGAUAAACGGUACCAAACAGG